AUGGCACCAAAUCGUCAAUUUCCUAGGGGUACGAAACGAAUCCACUCAAACUCUUCGCCCGAAGGCAAACGCCAUGGCAAUGAAAAGUUCUCUGCCGAUGACACAACUCAUUGGAUGAAGGGCCAAUUCUUCUCUCAUGUUGGAUCGAGCCUGGAUGCUCUUCGCAAUGCUACGGCAGAGCGAGUGCCGGACAAUCACGCUCGCGAGCAGCUUCUACAAGACGAGCUGAUCAAGGUUGGCGACUAUGUCAAUCAAUACUUGUCGGACUCAAAGCAUGUGCAUCCAGUCUUUCAAUCGUCGAAGAAAACUCCGCAACAGUGCUGGGAACUUGUGGCGCAUUACUGGCCAGACCCUCAAAUAACGGCAGCCCAGAUACAAAGCUUGUAUGAGGCCUCAAAACAAGCGAUACUGCGACCUUUCCUCAAAACCAGCCUUGGCGGAUUGGCUCCUGAGACACGCCAGCAAGUCUACCGCAACUUAUUGGCUGGACCUUCUCCAUUUGCCGGCUGGGACUACCGUGCCCUGAGCACCAUUACCCUCGAAAGACCUCCAAUAUCGCUCGCAACCUUCGUCGACCUCAAGGCUUCAUGUCUCACGGUCCUGGAGGCCUGUCGUCAGAUCUACCUAGAAGCCUUUCCGAUCUUCUACGCUUGCAAAUCCUACUAUCUAGCCAACUUCCAAGACUUAGCAACAUUCUGCAAGCUUGGUCGCGGUUUGCAAGUAGGGCCUCGGCUAUUCCAGGUCGAUACAAUCACCUCAUUGUGUCUCAAGGAUCUUGUCAUAAACAGGCAAAAGUGGAACCCCCAGCAGAUUGAGGAACUGAUGUCCCGAUGUUCUACCUUUAAUCGCGAGCAGCUCGAAGCGGCACGGACUAACGAAAUAGACUUCGACCACGUCCUUGUAGACUUGGAGGACAUGAUAAGUCUUCGCAAGAUCUGUCUCUGCAUGCGUGUUGGCCAAGAGUGGGAACAUCUUGAAUUUCUGUUCAACAUAGGGGGAUUGAGGCGCGGAGUGAUGAGGUUUGUGGAUGACUUCCAUUGGACCAUAAGUUCGCAGAACGUGUUGGGAGACGAUUGGAACAUCCAGUACGCUGCCUUCCCCAACACUUUUUACAAAAGAGGGAAGAACUUUGAACUAUUGGAUUAUCACGAUGUCUCAAUUCAGGGAGAGAUUUUGAAAAUUGACUCCCGCGCUUCGGAUCUAGUGGCAGAUGAUGAACGUUGGGUUGAGGUUAAUAUCGGGUCGCGCGACUUUGAGGAAGGGGUACCAGACUGGGACCCACCAGAUGUCGUUCCAGGUCAGGUGUCGGAAAACCAACAAGCACUACGAGGCGGACAAACCGUUGAUCUUUCGUCGGACAAUGGGUCAGAUCAUGGGUCUGAGAACCUGCAAGGAUCGGUGGAUUGGGGGAAAGAUGGUACGCAAACGGACAAUGAGCCAGAUCGGGAAUCUGGGUAUUUACGAGGACAGCCAGAUGGGGAGAAAGAUACGAUCCAAAUAGACAAUGAGCAAGAUCAAGAAUCUGAGGACUUGCAAAGACAGCCAGAUGGGGUGGAAGAUGGUGUCCAACUGGAUAUUGAGCAAGAUCAGGAGCCGAUGGACCUGCGAGAACAGCCAGAUGGGAAGAACGAUGGCGCGAAAAUGGAUGAUGAGCCAGGUCAAGAGUCUGGCUAUCCACAAAAGAUUGCAGACGGAGAUGAACACAAUUCCCAAGCCGAAUCUGAUGCAAAUUGGGAGUCGGGGUUAUUGCAAGAACCGUCUAGCGAAGACCACACCGGUGCCUCAACUGAGAUUGUACCAAAGGAGGAGUUGGAGGGUCUUCAAAGUCCCCUCAACAUAAAAAUUCAUAGUCCUUCGACAGCAACCGAAUCACAGCAAGGACUGGAAGAUUCUGGAGAGUUGGUGGACGGCAAAUUCGCCUACGUGCAGGCGGGAACGGGCUCUCUCCAACCCCCAGCGAUCGUUUCAAAAGUGGGAGACAAAGACAGUCUCGAAGCCCGGCCAGAAGAGAGGACGCAAGUGACGACAGAGCACUAUUCAGUAUUUCAAUACCGAAAUCACUACGAUGCUCAGACUCAGACAGUGCCAGUGCAUACUGAACAUUGCAAUGCUGGGACUCAAACAAAGCCAGUGGAUUUUGCAGAAGUCUUGCGAGGUGAAAGCCAAAUGGCUACUGUUCCUUCUCAGAAUGAUGUGACUUCAGGUAAACGUGCAGUGUACCGGCCAAGAUUACAAGAUGGACAUAUCCAGCCGAGAUCAAAGCCAAUCGAGAAGGCCCAUAACUCGGAAAAGUCUGCGAAGCCGCUUCAGAAGAUCAAGAAGUCUCCGAUUCUGCUGCAGUCAUCCCCGGACCCCGGCAAUUCUGCAAUCCCUGAGAAAUCAAAGACGCACAUCGCAAACGUGGACAAGAGUUCGACUCCAAAGGCAAAGCGCCAAUCUCUGCCGACUCCGCACCCAAAACCUUCUUUGAACGGAUGCAUUCGAGUGGCUGCGCUCAUGCUUGCUCUGGCUCUAUUGUACGUGGUUCUGUACGCAAAGCUGGAGAACACAUUGGGACAACUACUCGCUCUGCUUCUGUUUGUUCUACUAUUCUUCGUAGCCCUGUGGUCAGAGAGCGACUGA